AUGGAGGAGACUUUCGCACGGUUUUCCCGUGGCCUGGAGGUGGGGAUUCUAUUCAUCACUGUAACUUGCACACACAGCAGAGAGAUAAGCGAAAGUACAACCACAAUGCCGGAAUCACAUCCGAUGAUUGGUGGAGAUGGCACGUACAGCUACGCAAAAAACUCCUACUUACAGAGAGAAGGCAUAAAAUAUGCUAAGGGGCUGAUUGAUGAGACAAUUGCUCACAAGCUUGACAUAAAAGAUCUGCUUUCUAAUUCAAGGUCUUUUAAGAUUGCAGAUUUGGGAUGUUCUGUUGGACCCAACACCUUUAUUUGCAUGGAAAGUGUUAUUCAAGCUGUGAAACAUAAGUUCCAAUCCCAUGGUCUCACUGAACAAAUUCCUGAUUUUCAAGUUUUCUUUAGUGAUCAUACCUUCAAUGAUUUCAAUACUCUCUUCAGAUCUCUCCCUCCAGAAAGACCAUAUUUUGCUGCUGGUGUGCCAGGGUCAUUCCACGGGAGGUUAUUCCCUGAGUCCUCUGUUCAUUUUGUCCAUAGCUCCCAUGCUUUACAUUGGAUCUCCCAGGUGCCAAAAGAGAUCCUGGAUAAGAGCUCACCUGCAUGGAACAAGGGCAGAAUUUACUACACAGGUGCACCAGAUGAAGUUGGAAAAGCUUAUGCCAUCCAGUUUGCCAAGGACGUGGAGAUAUUUCUGGACGCUAGAGCUAAAGAGCUUGUGGUUGGUGGUAUGAUGGUGCUUAUUUUGCCUGGAAUCCGUAAUGGGAUUUCUCAUUCCUGUGCAGUAGUUAAUGUGAUGCUCGAUCUUUUAGGAUCCUGCCUCAUGGAUAUGUGUAAAGAGGGAUUGGUGAGCGAAGCUCAAGUGGACUCUUUCAAUUUGCCUAUGUAUGUUCCCUCUCCCAAGGAGAUGAUAGAGCUUGUAGAAAGAAAUGGGAGCUUCAAAAUUGAGCGAAUGGAGCUAUUUGACCCUGUACCUGGCAAUGAAGCGCAAAUCUUGCGCAGCGGCCAUGCAUGGAAGAUGCACUUCAGGGCUGGAUUGGAGGGUGUUUUUAGCAAGCAUUUUGCAAGUGAGACUAUAGAUGAAUUGUUUGAUCGUUUUCCCAACAAGGCGGCAGAAAAACUAAAGGCCACCUCAACUGAAACAACUCUUCUAUUUAUUGCUCUAAAACGCAAAUGAUCCAUCCACUUGAAGUCCAUAAGCUUCGGCUCCUGCUACAUAUAAUUUUCCUCGUCAUAUUUAUGCAACACUAAUGUUGAAUGAGUAUGAAAUUCAUAAUAAAUUUGAUUGCUCUAUUGCCAAUUAGUAAGCAAUAUUCAAGAAACUUUAUUUUAUUUUCA